ACUCUCAAGAGGUAAAGGUCUACAUUUAGCAGUAGACAGAAAGAAAACUUUUUUAAAGAAGAAACUUAGCUGUCUGUUUGAAGUCAUUAAAAUGUCAAUUUGAAAACCUUAAUUACUCGGUGUAUAAAAAAUUAUUUGCGGGAUUCUGACCAGAAUAAUCUUACACAUAGAAGGUUUAGAAAUAAGCGAUGGUUUCCCGCAUAUUCCGGCCGCCUUCCUUGGGCCGUGUGCGUUUGGCUUGCGUGGAGGAUGCGCCCAUUAUAUUUGAGUUGAUCAACGAAUCAAUGGCUAAAAACUUUCGUAUCCACGACACGUCGACCAUCGUUGAUCUUAUUGAGAACUGUAUACUGUCCAUUUGCCAACUCGACAUUAACGAGGCCAUAGUUGGAUGUCUAAUUGCUAAGGAUUAUCCACUUAUACCAGCAGUUCAUCCUAAAGCUUGGGAAGAGUAUAUCUGGACUAAGUAUAAAUCAGUAGAAUUGAACGCACGGAACACAAUAUUCUUGCAUCUUCUUUGCUGGAAUCCGACGUACAAUCGAGACGUAGUGGAUAAUAUGUUGAAAUCAAUCUUUAUGCAUGAUGCCUACGUUCACCAUAUUGGCAUGAUCAAGUCUUUAAUAAAUUAUUUAUUGCUGGUACCGGGACAAUCACGGUCAGAGUCAUCGUUCCGACGCGUACAGGUGAUGGAGCGUGGGAUACCUGGUGACCAGUUGCCCAUUCUUUGUAUCGCUGACCGGCAAGAGGUCUGUCCUCGGCUUCACAUAAGAAGAGCUGUGGAAGAAGAUAACGAUGAUAUAGUGCCAAUAAUAGAGCGGCACUCCGCACGACUACGGCAGUUGUACGGCGAGUUUUACAUCAGUGAGCUUAUAUCCCGGCAUCCCGAGUCUGACAGGGUGUUGCUUGUCUGUGAGGAUAAAGAACUUGCUGUUGGUGUAAUGUGCCUGAACACUCAGAUUAACUAUGAGGCGCUAGAAGAGAGUUUCGAACUAUCGCCAUUCGCUGGCCUCAGGCAUUUGGAUGACGAUCCUUCUCACAAACGAAGCAAGGAUAUGGAUUCUAAUGUGAGUUUUUCAGCCAGCACGACUUUCAAUGUGGAGGAUUUAGCGCAGGGUUCUAAUGAUCGAUUCAGUCGGAUGAAGGACACGACAGCUGGAGUGACAUGGAUGUGCGAUGAGGAUGAAUUUAGCCAAAUACGACCUGAUCACACAGCUGCUUCCUCCAAUAAGGUCCCUCCAGCUGCACCUAGUGCUCAGCUCGAUAUAUUCAAUCUUCUAGAAGACGAGGAGGAUGAACUGGACUUUGAUAUUGUCAAUAUUGACAUUCAUUUGUUGCGAGUACCUCAGAUGUUGACGUAUAAGGAUGCAGAGGGCGGACUGGCAGAUAGUAAGAUGAAAAAAUUGGAUGAAUCCGUGAAACACAACAAAGAAUUACAUGCGGAAGAGAAAAGCUGCAAGAGGGAAAAAUCUAAAAAGCAAAUUGCUUCAUUGGUCGCGAACAUCCCGGAGCCUGUACGUUAUUCGGGGAAGCCUAAUGCCUUUCUAAUAGAAGUUUUUGCUAUGCACCCCGAUUAUGACGAAAGAUUAGGUUUUGACAUACUAGAGGCCGCUUUCGAGUUGUUCCCCAACCGUGACUACUGCGUCAUGUGCCUCCCCUCCAAUCACCCGUCCUUCCCCCUACUCGAACAUUUUACGUUAGUUACACCAUACAGCGCGCGUAUGAGGUUUGUUAAUGCGACACUAUACAUUGCCCAUGUGAAUUCAGUAAGAGGGGACGUCCGCGUACGCCCUGGCGAAGCAAGUGACCUCAAUAGCCUUAGUGGUAUAGUGGAGCACACGCCACGAGCCCAGCCGCUGCUCGAACUUUUCGAAAGUACCCUCACGUCACGCACCCUUAGCUCCUUCGUGCUUCUAAGUCAGAAUCAGCCAAUUGGCAUGGUUAUACUGGGACCACUAGAAGAUGGAACGGUGAUCCGGACGCAGUACGAUUUAAAACCGGAGCCUCGUAGACCUGAAACUGAUGCUACUGUGUUAGCGGGGGUGAUAUCUCCAGCCCUCGAGCCGCACGGGCGGUGGUAUAUGCGGGAUCUGCUCCGUCAAACACAGUACACUACUCUCUUUUGGAAGUGUCGACUAUUUGGAAAGGGCGAAGUGUGUCCGAGUCGUAAUCUUAUGUCUUUAACCGGGCACAUGGUCCCAAUACACCCGCGGCGUUCUGUGCCCAACAUAAGCAGCAAUAAAGACUUAGAUAAAAUAUUCCAGGAUGUGUCGACACCGUUCGCAUUAUGGAUACUGGAGCGCCCGUUGUUUUUGCCCAAAGUGUAUGUAAACAACAGUAUUGUUGUUGUCGGUGCUAGUCGCACCGGACUCGCUUUUUUAGAAACCCUUAUCAUGGGCCCCACAGCACAAUAUUUGACAUUCAGCAACAUAACAUUAGUGUCAGAGCAUGGUCUACCGACUGUGGGGGAGUGUUUGAAGGCAGCCGACACUUGCGUGCCAAGGAACGGACGCUACACCGACAAAUAUCUCAAAAGUAUCCCGUUUUACUUCUAUGUCGACGUCAUGUCAGCGGUUAUGGUCCAUAUUGACAGACAAAAAAAGUGUAUUCACUUGAGAGGCGGUGGCGUCAAGUACUAUGAUGAACUGGUACUCACCUGUGGUCAACAAUUCCAGCAUCCUGACUACUUGAAGGAGUCUCUGGAACUCGUAAAAGAAGUGGAGAAAGGCAAUCUUUGUGGCCGAAUUCCAAUGGACAACCCAAAAUAUCAGCCUGUUAAACUGCCCCAGCCUCCGGAGAUGCCAGAAAAUGUGAUGCUUAUCAAUUCCCUAUUCGAAGCCAAUCUCUCAAUGCGAAAGCUGAUGUGUUUGAUAUCAGAAUCCAAGAAUACAAAGCACUGUUUAAGCGAAGAGAAUCCAGUGGUGGUGUACGGGGUGUGUUUGGAAGUGUACAGUUGUAUGGCGGCAUUGCUGGAGUUGGGCCUAGCUCCCAGCACGAUCGCAUUCGUUGAACCCUUCCCUCCUGAUGAUAUCAAUGCUUUGCGGGUUAACUGUUUCAAUAAUGAAACUGUGGAUGAGAGAGUGCAAGCUAACUUGGAGCAGCUUGGUAUCCAUGUAUACCGCCGGUGCACACUAUUCAGUUGGCGGCAACGAAAUUCACGGGUUAUCAGGUUGAACCUCAUGGCUCCACUCCACGCUAUACGGCUACCUUGCUUCGCGCUCUUCUACUACGGUCUCAAAGCUAUUGACGUGAAUGCUUUUAAAGCUAUAACCGAGUGUGGUCUGGUGUACGACGGUGGGCUGGUGGUGGGUCCGUUGUUCGAGACCAACGACCCGCACGUUUACGGCGCCGGCUCUUGUACGCGGUACUCGCGCCGUCUGCACGCUGCUCGUCGCGAGCACUCGUACUACUGCUCCGAGGACGUCGGCGAGGCUGUGCGUAGCGCCCACUCACUUUCACUUCUUCCUCACCCUUUCACCUGCAUGCCACUAUCAUUUGCUACUACUACUGUUUUAAGGACGUCGGCGAGGUCGUGCGUAUCGCCUUUCUCUCUUCGCCUGCUCUCACUUACACGCUGCCACCAUUCGCAUUCUGUGCUAGCCAGGUUCUUUUUGCAGAAGCUAGACCCAUUCGUUAUCGGCAACCCAGAAGCUGACCUUACUGCUUCAGAACUCCUGCCUAGAUACAGUUCAAGUUUGCUUGCGUACAAAGGAUCUCAAGUAAGCGUUGAUGACACUAAUGUACCGAGCGCUACAAAGAUUGCACUUGGUUUACAAAGAAGAUGGCAACCAGUUAUGAAGUUCGAGUCACCCAUAUUGCAAUGUGCAACGUUGGUCGGAUCUAUGUAUUAUAUGAAGCUUAGGAAGCCAGGACCUGAGUUACCGAUGGAAGUUCAAUUGUCCAUGCCACACCAGGGCCACACCCUCAUCACUGAUAAGUCCGGAAACUAUUUUCGGCUGCAACUCAACGAUUUGCAUUGCGUGGAAUCUGUCACUUGUCUCUCGAAAAAAAACUUUUCCACCGAAGUUCUCUCGCAACUAUACGGAAAACACGAGUCUUUCUUCAACAAGCUUCUAGCUAGAUUUGAAAUGGGUGGAAUAGAUGAUUUAUACAGUUUCUUCACACAACCAUGGAUGGGAGCUCUUUACCAGGAGACAUUUGACGAACUAUUGAGAGAUAUUAAUGAACAAGAUGUGGGGACGGUCUACGACUUGGUAAAGUCAAGGUUCACUUUAGUAGAUGAAACAUCUAAGUCUAUAGUGACAUCACGGCAUUCGUCUGUUUGUUCUAAUAUCCCCAGCUGUGGGUUUGGACCUAAGGAGGCGAAAAAUCUUGGUACAUUUCGUUCUGUUAUUGACAGAUUCGUAGCUAGAAAAACGUCCAGCACACAAAUAGAGUGUGGUCAAGGUACAGCAAUCCGAGGCGAAGCACGGGCCUUCUGGAAUGCUGUAGGUGGCGAUCGCAUUGUGAUGGCUCAUAUCACGCGCUACCUAGCGAGGAACACCGUCACCAAUCCACACUACGCUAUAUCUAAACCCGAGUUCAUCUGAACAUCAAUGUACUUUAUAAAACAAAACCCAAAAAGAAAUCAACCUAUGAGUUGAUUUAUUACAUGAUUUGU